GCUUCUGUGCUGCACCUGGCCACUUACGCCGCGGCCGCUGCUCUCGCGGACGGUGGGCCUGGCGCUGCCGUUUGUGAGGUGUUGCGGAGUGCCGAAACGAUCGCUGUCGAUGUGGAGGGCAGUAAUUUGGGGCAUGGGGGCCGGGCCGCUACCAUCCAGCUUGCGACCCCAGAUUUGUGCUACGUCGUCGACUUGGCAGCUCUGGGCAUGCCAGACAGUCUGCGCGAGGUGCUCCAGGGUAAAGACCCGGUGAAAGUGUGCCACGGCUUCACCAACGACCAGAUCAAUUUGAUCGAGCAAUUCCACAUCGACUUCAGCGAGGCCACUCUUUUCGACACUGCGGAGGCUCUGGAAUACUUGCCCCAUAUCGGUGGAAAGAGUGUUGUUGAUGUCCUUGAACGCUUCACAGCUGCUCCUCCGCAUGUACUUUCGGAGAUGGUGGGCAUGAAGGAGCAGCUUAGAUGGGUUGACUUUUUCCAGCGUCCGCUUCCAGAACGCGUUCUCCGCUAUUCUUGCCUCGAUGUGGUAUUUCUUGUUUCCGCUCGUAGCACGAUGAUCGAGCAGUUGAACGAAACAGACGUCGCUUGCAUUGCAAUUGUGGAGAAGUCCAGGUACCGUGGUCCUUAUGGCAAGGGGGAUUGCUACCGCCCUCCCACAAUGAAUCAGAUUGCGCGGCAGGAGAAGAAGAGAAAGACGUG